GACUUUCUAGACCUGCACAGCAGAAGUCUAGCACCAACACCGGCGACAUGAUGAGGUGUUCAAUGAUCUAUCCCAACGUGAUUGCCGGAGCUCCAACCACCCUGCCACAGUCUCCAGAGAGACAUCGUCCACGUCACAGGAGGUACCGCUCCGAGCAGCUGCCAGAUAUCAGCGAGCUGAGCAUUGGCGAGAGCUCUCGAUCUUCUCGCUCCCGUUCGACCCACCCCCGGUCCAAGUCUUCGCACAGAGGCCGCUCGCCUCUCCCAUCACCAAACAAGAGCGUCCGCUUCUUCGACGAGUCUCCGCCGCCUAGGCACCGUCGGAGCAACGUUCCAGACAGGCCCAAAGCAUACGUUAAGGACGCGCCGCCCAUUGCCAUCAAUGAGUCGGCGAAAGACACGUCCCGGAGACUUUACAACCAAGCAUAUGAACGUGGUUACUUGACUCCGCCUACUACGCCCAUCUUUGAGCGGUCUCGGCCUAGCUACAAGCGAUCCGCAUCUAGCAGGGACAUCUUGACGACCGUGGCUGAGAUGGGAACAGUCGUACCUCCGCCAACUUCUGGAUACUAUGAGAGACCGAGACAUGGCCGGACUUCAUCUGGUCGCUCGGAGCGCAGCAGCCAUGGAGGCCACUCGCGAAAGCACUCGAGCUCUUAGGAACGCCUUCGAAGGCUUGAGCGUCAGCACAGGCGACCUGAUCGCCGUCACUCAGAGCUUGAAAGCAUGAAUACCGCCAUGCAACAUGGAUUUGUACUCGGAUAUCUGCUUGAAGGAGAGAAGCAACGAAGACUCCGCCGUCAAGAAGAACGAAAGGUCUCGUCUGGAUCGGCUUGGGACUACCUGCCUUGAUUACUUUUGCAAUGCUUUGACGACUUUACUUUGGCACAGCUUUCAUGACGCGCAACUACUGGAUUUCUGGCGUUCUUGGGUGGAUUUUGUAAAAAAAGUUUGGGCAACCACUGGGACAUCAAAUUGGCAUUGUAUUGGCUUUGGGGACCGAGAUACCCACGGACAGCUUCACUGAGCACCAAUCGGAGAUUACUUGCUGAGACAUGAGCAACGUCUAUACGCGUAAGAUCGGUAAUAUGGUAAUUGGUAAUAGCCUUGCUGGGUUAAAGGCGACAGCUUGGAAUUGUAACGAGUAUGUAAUCGACGAGUACAUAGUGGGACAACCUGUAAUUCUUUCGCUUCGGAC